AAAAAUCCAACCGGGUGAGCUUUAAGACUGCAGUGAGAGUCUUCUUCUACAGCCAGAAUGAGUAACCGUGUCUUCAUUGUCCUUUCUGUUUUGGUUAUUGCCUGUCACAUCACUGGUGCAAUUAUAUUUGACCAACUGAACUUAAGCUGCAAAUGUGCCAGAGUAAGGAGCACCUUCAUUCGUCCCUCAAAAUAUGCAAGAGUUGAGAUCUUUCCAUCUGGGGUCGCCUGCAAAAGGAUGGAAAUCAUAAUCACACUGAAGAACAAAGACAAAGUAUGUGUUGAUCCCAGAGCCAAAUGGGUGAACAAUUUAAUGAAGUUGAUGGAAAAUGUGAAUGGAAUACAAAAUCCCUCUUGAAAUGAAGUUGGAAAGGCCCUUCAAGAGGCAAGGCGUAUAUGCCCCAUAAAUCCCAAAUGUGAAGUUCCUUGCUUUUUGCUCUGUGAUGCUGAUUGUGUUUAAUUCUUCCUGAACUGAAAGCCAGUUAAGAGUGUUUGGACUUUUGGAAAUUCACAACUGAUGUGAACAUGCAAGCUGAAUCUGAAGAUGGGUUGUGUAUGACAAUGACAAAGUUUGUAUUUCUGUAUGAGGAGAUAAAUAAAAAGGAAAGGAGAACUAAAAG